CGGCGAGCCAAGGUCGUAACCCUAAAAUCUGAACCAGUAGUACAGAUAAAAUAUCCUUUCAUCUCGAUCGAACUCGCGUCUCAUUCAUUUCAUCAUCACCCACUCACCUCACUCCCGCGCUUCGAUUUUCACACCUAAUCAUGGCCGAAGAAGAAGUUGCUGUUGCAACCGCCACAAGCCCCGUUCCCUCCUCCGAUUGCAAGCGCAAGUUCGAAGAUCUGCACUCUGAACACCAACCUAUUGAAUCUAACAUCGACGGUGUUGAAACCGACGCCGACGAGGGUGAGAACAAACGUCCUCGUCUCGAUGAAGAUAACCAGAAUGACCUAGCUGGUACUAAUGGACAUCAGGAAAAGAAGGUUGAUGAGCCAGAAAAAGAAACGGAGGAAAAUGCCGAGCCGGCGGAGAAUUUAGAAGAAUCUGCAAAGGAACACACUUCUAGUGAAAUUGCUGAACCUGCGGAUGCCAAAGAGGUUCCUAUUGAGGAUUCAAAAGAGGUUCCUGUCAAGGAGGCUAAAGAGAUUCCUAUUGAGGAUUCAGAACAGGAAAAUGACAAGGAGUUUUCUAAAGAAACUCAACAACCAUCUAAGGAGUCAACUGAGCAAGAUGCUUCUGUUGAUCCUGCCUCGCAAAAUGAGGAGGUUCCUGAUAAUAAGCAAGAUGCUUCUUCUGGGCAAAAGCAACCUAUAUCUGCAUCUGACACAACAACUCGAAAAAUUGAGGUUCCUAGCAAUAAGGUUGGCGUUCUUAUUGGCAAGUCUGGUGACACUAUACGGUACCUGCAGUAUAACUCGGGCGCAAAGAUCCAGAUCACAAGGGAUGCUGAAGCUGACCCUCACUCUUCAACAAGGCCUGUGGAACUAAUAGGAACUUUGGAAAGUAUAGAUAAGGCAGAAAAGCUAAUUAAUGCCGUAAUCGCAGAGGCUGAUGCUGGAGGUUCUCCUGCACUUGUAGCUCGAGGCCUCUCCCCUGCUCAGGCUAUUGUGGGAUCCGAUCAAAUUCAGAUACAAGUUCCAAAUGAGAAGGUGGGGUUAAUCAUUGGUAAAGGUGGGGAAACAAUCAAGAGCCUGCAGACCAGAACUGGGGCACGCAUCCAGUUGAUACCUCAACAUCUUCCGGAAGGCGAUGAUUCUAAAGAAAGGACCGUCCAAGUUACUGGUGAUAAGAGGCAAAUUGAAAUUGCUCAAGAUCUGAUAAAAGAAGUCUUGAGUCAGAUUUGGCCAUUGCCUUUUCCCUGGGGUCAGCAUUGCUUUCUUGAUGUAGCAUUAAAACUUCCGAUUGCAGGAUGUUUAAUGCCUGUCAGGUCAUCAAGCGGUGGUUUUGGCCAGCAGGCCUACCGUCCGCCUCGAAGUUCUGGUGGUCCAGCCCAAUGGGGUCAGAGAGGUUCACAUUAUGGCCCCCCGCCAUCAUAUGACUAUCAGCAGCGUGGGCAAUAUCCUUCUCAUAAUCAAUCAUAUGCACCUGCUCCUUAUGGAAAUUAUCCUCAACAUAUGGCUCCAAGAAGCAGUUAUGGUUCUGGUUGGGAGCAAAGGCCUCACCAGAGUUUGCAGGGGCCACCGUCACACAAUGGUGGUUAUGAUUAUUAUGGUGGACAAGGGGGUCAUUCAUCUGAGGCUCCAUCAUCUGCCCAGCAUCCCAGUUCAGUCCCCCAACAUGGUACCGGUCCUUCUCCUUUCCCCCCCACAGGCCCAUCCCCAGCCCAGAUGAAUUACAAUUAUGGACAGCCUCAAGGCCAGGAUUAUGGCCAUCAGGCAUCAUAUCAGCAGGCAGGACAUCCUCAACAAGGUUAUGGACAAGGUUAUGAUGAAUCAAAGUACGAAAACCGUGCCCCUGCACAAUACCCAUAUGGAGGACAUCAAAAUUCUCAGCCAACCUACCCUCAAGCCAAUGCUCAAGCAAAUUAUGCACCGCCACAGCAGUAUGGCAAGCCACCAUUGUAUGGCAUGCCACCUUCACAAGGACAACAUCCACAAUCUUAUGGCCACCCUAGAGCUACUCAACCAGGUGAGAUUCCAUAUCAGGGUUCUACUCCAGCACAAUCAUAUGGCACAAUGCAGCAACCAUAUCCAUAUGCAUCAUCUGGGCCAUCACAAGCAGCGUAUCCCACAUACGGGUCUGCACCAGCUGCAGAUGGUUAUAAUCACCAGCAGUCUGCACCUGGACAAGUUUAUGCCCAGCCUGGUGGACAGCCCAGUUAUGGGCAGCCAGGUGCCCAGGCCGCGACAAGUUAUGCACAACCCACCGGUUACGGAUCAUACCCAUCUCAGCAGACUUACCCUGAACAACCAGCCUCUAACAAUGCAGUUUAUGGCUACCAAGCACCCCAAGAUCCUGCUUACAGCAGUGGCGCUGCACAAGCAUAUAGUGCAGCUCCAACUGUGCAGCCAGGUUAUGUUCAACCCACGCCAACUCAAACUGGUUAUGACCAAUCUAACCCACAACCAGCAGCUUAUGCGGCCGUACCAGCAGCAGCAAGUGCUCAAGCUGCGUAUGGCAAGACCGUAUCACCUCAGCCCGCCGCUUAUGCCCAGUAUGACUCCACCCAAGUUUAUGGUGCUCCUCGAUGAUUUGUUUUUUUGGUAUUAACUACAAUAUUUUAGUAUUAGCGUGUUCUAGUUCAUUGUCCCCUUUCAUGUAACUUGUUUUUCAUUUUCUUGUAACAUGUACUGCUUUUUAUUAUUGUGAACUUAAAUUAAUUUUUCUUCCGUUGAA